AAUUGAUUUACUUGGAGGCCAAUCUAUGUAAACGUUGCCCGGAAACGUUGAUAGGAAAACAUCAAUCUGCGUAGUGUCAUCAUGGAAGGCAAGGUUGCUUUGAUCACAGGUUCAAGCUCUGGAAUAGGAGCUGGUAUUGCACAACGUUUCGCUGAGCUCGGUUGCAGUCUUGCACUCACUGGAAGAGAUGCAGGGAAGCUGAAAGAUGUUGAGACAUCAUGCCGACAAUGUGGGCUCAGCGAAAAAAAGAUUUUACUUGUUCCAGGCGACUUGACCGAGGACGAAGAUAUAGACAGGAUAUUUUCAGAAACAAUAGGAAAGUUUGGACGUCUGGAUAUUCUUGUAAGGAUACAUAAUACUCUUAGCUGUGUCGUGAACAUGUCAAGUGUCGCUUCAAAAACAACAUGUGAUUACAAUCCGACCUAUUCAAUCUCCAAAGUAGCCCUUGAUCAAUUCACAAAAAGCCUUGCAGUGGAAUUAGGUCCCUUUGGAGUCAGAGUUAAUUCUCUCAAUCCGGGUGUGAUACUCACUCCUCUCUACAGACAUCUUGGUAAGACAGACGAACAACUAAUCACGUGGUCCAAAUCCAUGCUUCCUAUUGGUCGCCAUGGGACUGUGGAUGAGGUUGUCAAGGCAACCGAGUAUUUGAUAUCUGAUGAUGCACGAUGUGUGACUGGAAUGCUCCUUUCUAUUGAUGGAGGGAGAUUUCUGAUGUGAGCAUUCAUUGGGGGUACUGCGGACAAUGAUUCAUGAUGACAUUUAUUAUGAUUCAAGAGGUUCUUUUCAAUUAUUUGCAUUCG